AUGGAAAAACACACUGUUGUACAACUUCGUCAAAUUGCAAAGGAGAAUGGUCUCCACGGCUAUUCAAAGCUUCGAAAAGAUGAGCUUAUCGGGCUCAUUCAAUUCAAUUCAUUGAAUCACCACGGCAGUGCUGCGGUUUCCAAGCCGCAGAAGCAGUAUAGAAAAAUCAAGUUCGUCUGGAAUCACUCAGGUGGUGGCUCUCUACUCGACGCACCGAUACCCGCGCAUGAAAUACCUAAAGUAGAUAUAUUAAAACCAACACCAGCACCAAAGACGAUAAAAAAAAUCGAAAAGGCUGUUGAUUGGGGGAAAAAAAAGGUUGAAGAUUGGGGUCAGUGGUUGAAGAAAGAGGUGUCAAACACACCGCGAGCAGUCGAUGACAAGUUGAAAGAUUUCAAAGAGCAUAUCAAUGAACUCUACAAGACAAGUGACCAGCCCCGUUUUAAAAUUUUUCCAAAAAAGUCUUUAUUGAAACACUAUGUAAAGAUGUACACGAUUGAUGGGGUAGAUGGUUACACACCGUUAGACUUUCUUGAGGCUGUAAAACCAACCGUUAUCAACUUUUUGAAUACACAAAAAAAUAUCAAGAUGGAGUUCUUUCUGAGAUGUUAUAUGAUAAAGAAACCUAAUGAUAUGGGUGAGGUUGAGGGACAGGAUGUAUAUUUUACAUCUUUUCAAAAGAUCGUUAUUGAUGGGAGUGAUCGAGAAGAAAUUUAUGAAGAAUGUGUGAAGAAAAUGAUGGAGAGUUUGGCUGUGUUUACAAGAGAAGGGAGUGGGUGGACUGUCCAUUCUGUUGAGGGUUUGGAUUUGUACACGGCGAAAUACAAUCCUUUGAAAGGUUCUUCUUACUUUAAGCUACCAAAACAUCUCGCAGCAAAGAUGGCUAUCAUAAACAUGAAGAAUGAGGAUGAUGAGUGUUUCAAAUGGUGUGUGACACGUGCGUUGAAUCCUGUAAAAAAGGAUCAAGAGCGUAUCUCAAAGACAUUGGAAGAGCAGGCAAAGAAGCUUGUGUGGGAUGGCAUCGAUUUUCCAAUGGAGGUGAAGAGCAUUGGCCGCUUUGAAAAGUUGAAUCCGGGGAUUACUGUCAACGUAUACAUGUUUGAAGAUAGGCUCAAUCCUUUGAGAGUGAGCAGUGAAGCUCCUGGACUUCGCUCUAGUAAGACUCAUAUUGAUCUUCUUCUAAUUACUGAAGGUGAUAAAAAACAUUAUUGUCUCAUCAAAAAUUUGAGUCGACUCGUAUCGAGUCAGUUGUCAAAGAAUAAAAACAAGAAGUUUAUCUGUAGGAGAUGUCUUAAUUAUUUCGGAACUCAGCGAGUUCUCGAUAAACACGAUGAGUUGUGCCGAGAUCAUGAGGCUGUGAGAGAGAAGAUGCCGAAAGCAGAUACUUUUCUCUCUUUCAAGAAUCAUCACAAGAAGAUGGACAUGCCGUUCGUCAUCUAUGCAGACUUUGAGUCGUUAAUCAAACCUUUAGACUCUGCUAAACCAAACCCAAAAGAGUGUUACACUGAAAAGAAGCAACAACAUAAACCGGUAAGUUUCUGUUACUACAUCAAAUGCUCAUUUGACGAUAGAUACUCGAAACUGGUUGAAUACACAGCAAAGUCUGAGGAUGAAGAUGUGGCGCAAAAAUUCGUUGAAAUGCUUGAAGUGGAGGUUAAAGACAUAUACAAAAAUCAUCCUCCUAAAAAGAUGAUCUUCACAGACAGUGAUGUUGAAAAGUUUGAAAAUGCGAUGUGUUGUUGGUUAUGUAGAGAAGAUUUCAAAGAGGGAGAGGACAAAGUGCGCGAUCACUGUCAUUACACCGGUAAAUUUCGAGGGGCUGCGCAUAACAGCUGCAACCUAAAAUUCCGACGACCAAAAUUCACACCUGUCGUCUUUCACAACUUGGCAAACUAUGACGCUCAUCUCUUCGUCAGAAAUCUUGGUGUUUCAGAAGGAGACAUUGAUUGCAUUCCUAACAACGAAGAAAAAUACAUCAGCUUCACCAAACACAUUGUGGUUGACAAGUUUUUCGAUAAAAAGAAUAACAAAGACGUCGAGGUAAAGAGAGAGUUGAGGUUCAUUGACAGCUUCAAAUUCAUGGCUUCCAGUCUUGACAAGCUUGUCAAGAACCUUGCCAAAAAGGGUGAGUCUUUUUUACAAAAUACAGGAAAAUAUUAUCCUGGAGAGAAGCUUAAACUGUUGAUGAGAAAGGGUGUUUAUCCUUAUGAAUGGUUGAAAACUAUCAAUAGACUUGAUGAGACUGAACUUCCACCGAUUGAAGCUUUCUUCUCUGUUCUCAGCGGUAGUGGUAUAACAGAAGCGGAAUAUAAUCAUGCACAGAGGGUGUGGAAAACCUUUGGAAUGAAAACGAUGCGAGAUUAUCACAAUCUCUACAAUCGAAGUGAUGUUCUUUUACUGGCCGAUGUGUUUGAAAACUUUCGAAAAGUUUGCAAAGAGAACUACGAUCUCGAUCCUUGUUGGUACUACACCGCACCGGGUUUGGCUUGGGAUGCUUGUCUCAAGUUGACUGAGAUAGAACUUGAGUUGUUGAGUGAUAUAAAUAUGUUACACAUGUUUGAGAAAGGUAUUCGUGGAGGGAUUUCGAUGAUUACAAAAAGAUAUGCAAAAGCAAAUAACAAAUACAUGGGUGAAAAGUUUGACAAAAGCAAACCUUCAAGUUUCAUCACAUAUCUCGAUGCAAACAACCUUUACGGUUGGGCGAUGAGUAAGAGUUUGCCGACGGGAGGUUUUGAAUGGGUGGAUGAGAAAGAUUUUGGGGGGUGGGAGAGCUUCGCUUGCAUUCUUGAGGUUGAUUUACUCCCCAUCAAAAAAGAGUUGUAUGAUUAUUUCAAUGACUAUCCUCCAGCUCCUGAAAAUCUGUUGAUUGGGAAAGUGAAAAAACUGGUCUGUACCGUGAACGAAAAGAAGAAGUACAUAGUUCACCAUGAGACCUUGAAGCUUUACAAAAGUCUUGGAGUUGAGAUUGGAAAGAUCCACCGCGUCAUCAAGUUCAAUGAGAGUCCUUGGAUGAAAAAGUACAUUGAUCUCAACACAUCUUUGAGAGCCAAGGCCGAUAACGAUUUCGAAAAAGACUUUUUUAAACUCAUGAACAACUCUGUAUAUGGCAAGACGAUGGAGAAUAUUCGGAACCGAGUUGAUGUGAGACUUGUCAACUCAGAAGAUAAGGCGAAGAAGUUGAUAAAUAAAGUGAACUUCAAACACUGUACCAUAUUUUCCGAGAAUCUUGGUGCAUUUCAUAUGAAAAAGACACAAAUUUUCUUCAACAAACCCGUCUAUCUCGGAAUGUGUAUCCUCGAUCUCAGUAAGACAUUGAUGUACGAUUUUCACUACAACUUUAUCAAACGCAAAUACAGAGACAAAGCAGAGCUUCUCUUCACCGACACAGACUCACUUUGUUAUGAGAUUCACACAUCAGAUUUUUACAAAGAUAUCAUCGAUGACGUAGAUCGUUUGUUUGACACGAGCAAUAUUCCAAAGGAGCAUUCUUCUGGGAUACCGACCGGUGUAAACAAGAAAGUUAUUGGAAUGUUCAACGAUGAAGCUGGAGGAAAAAUUAUUGAAAAGUUUAUCGGUCUGAGAGCGAAGCUUUACAGCUACAAAAUGUUUGAAGAUGGAAAAGAAGAGAAGAAGUGUAAGGGAGUGAAGAAAGGAGUGGUAGAGAGCACCAUAUGCUAUGAUGACUAUGAGAGAUGUCUGUUUGACGGUGAAAAACAGCUUCGGAAAAUGAACACGUUACGAAGUCGAAAGCAUGAUAUGUUUAUGGAAGAGAUCAAUAAAGUCGCCCUGAGUGCAGAUGAUGACAAGCGAAUCAUUCUUCCAGACAAAAUACACACACAUGCGAUAGGCAUGUGA